UUACAAAUCACCAGUAGAAGCCCGUUGGCGUUGGGAGCUGAGAGAGAGAGAGAGAGAGAGAGUUAGAGAGAGAAAUCCUUGCAGUUGCAGAGAGAACUCAGACAGACCCAGUCCAAACGACAACCAAAAUCUUCCCAUAACGGCAAGAACAACUUUUGUUCACCGGAGAGAAAGAAGAAAGCAACGGAGUUUUCAGCGAUGCGGAGAGACGACAAUCUAGACUGAGAAACAGCCGAUGCAGAGUAGCAGAAGAAGAAGAAGAAGAAGCAGAGCACAGGAUGUCGUUUCCGUCGGUGAAGCCAGAGCCCGGCUCGCCAUUGAAGCCCGGCUGGUCGGAGCUCUGGCUCAAGAACAAGAAGGCUCUCAACCAAGCACUCUUCGCCAUGAAACUCCAAUCCGCCGCCGAUUCGGCCAAAACCCAGCUUUUCGACCGCUCCAAGCUCGUCCUUGACCCAACCUCGCUCCUCUCCGACGAGCUUCUCCUCCAAAUCCUCUCGAAGCUCCCCCAAUCCCAACGGAACUCCAACUUCCUCGUCUCCAAACGCUGGCUGAACCUCCAAGGCCGCCUCGUCCGCUCCCUCAAGGUCCUCGACUGGAAGUUCAUUGUCUCCGGCCGCAUAUUCGUCCGAUUCCCAAACCUAAUUCACGUCGAUCUAGUCCGCGGAUGUGUCGCUUCGCCUAAGAGCACAGGUAUUACAUUGAAUCACAAACUUGGCUCUUUCCAUCUCGAUUCAAAUCUCCCCCGAAAUGGGUUCGUCGAGAAUCACGUUUUGUCAGUUGCCGAAGUCGAUUCCGCCUUGAAACUUUUAGCCAAUGGGUACCCAAAUUUGAGAAGGCUCAUGGUUCUUAAUUGUAGCGAAAUCGGGUUGCUCUGUGUGGCCGAAGAGUGCCCCACAUUGCAAGAACUUGAGCUGCAUAAAUGCAACGAUCAGGUUCUUCGCGGAAUCGCGGCGUGCCAGAAUCUUCAGAUUCUGAAAUUGGUCGGGAAUUUAGACGGGUUUUUCGGGUCUCUGGUUUCGGACAUUGGGUUGACGAUACUGGCGCAGGGUUGCCGGAGAUUGGUGAAGCUCGAGCUGAGUGGAUGCGAGGGAAGCUACGAUGGGAUCAAGGCAAUUGGGCAGUGUUGCCAGAUGCUCGAAGAAAUGACUCUGACAGAUCACAGAAUAGAUGGUGGGUGGUUGUGUGCUCUUUCCUAUUGUGACAAUCUGAAGACUUUGAAGUUUCAAUCUUGCAAGAGGAUUGAUUCAUCUCCCGGGGCGGAUGAGUAUUUGGGUUCUUGCCCGACGCUCGAGCGCCUGCAUUUGGAGAGGUGCCAAUUGCGGGACAAGCGGAGUCUGAGAGCUUUGUUUCUUGUCUGUGAAGCUGCAAGGGAGAUUGUUCUCCAGAACUGUUGGGGGCUGGACAAUGACAUGUUUGGAAUCGCAGGCAUCUGCAGGAGGGUGAAGUUCCUAUCUGUGGAAGGCUGUGCUGUACUAACAACUCAUGGCCUGGAAUCUGUGAUUCUUUCGUGGAAGGAGCUUCAGAGACUUCGAGUUGUGUCAUGUAACAACAUAAAGGACAGUGAAGCAAGUCCUGCACUUUCCACUUUGUUUUCUGAUCUGAAAGAAUUGACGUGGAGACCAGAUACCAAAUCUCUUCUUUUGUCAAGCCUCGUGGGGACUGGCAUGGGAAAGAAAGGUGGGAGAUUCUUCAAGAAGGCUUGAGACUCGGAGUCCGUGCCAACCGAUGAUGCUUGAAAUCUCUUGAAAUGCUACUAAUUAUGUGUACUCUGACAUCAUAGCCAUUAUAGUAGUAUAUCCUCGUUGGAAGACGAUAACAUGUGCUUAAGCAGUGAAGAUUUUACUUCGUUCAAGUUGGGUAUUGCAACUUUUUUAAUGAUGUCAAUGACACUGCCCAAACAAGGAAGGGAGAGAGAUAAAUGAUGGAGAAUAAACAAGGAAGAAUGAAAAGAAUAAACUAUAGCAUUUACAGUCACUAUUCAUG